AGGUACAAAUGACGUAAAUACGUAUUACGUCCAGCUGUUGACUGAUAACAAAUAUCAUAGAUUUUUUGUAUAGUUUUUGAUUUAAUGGCACUUUAAAUUUUUUUCAUAAUAGUUCCGUAAUUUGUGUCUUAUUGUUAGCUAUUUAAUAACGUGAUUUAUUUCAUAAUAACUUAAUAAUGGAGGUUUCUAUGCGAUCUAUAAUAUCAUACUACCGGCUUUUAAAAAAAUCUCCGCGAACAUUUUAUUUUAAAAGAUAUUGUGUUUCUAAUACUGUGCCUAAAGAAGAACCGAAUUCGGAGCUUUUAAACACAUACAAUCAAGAUAUUAAGGCCGGUGGUGUUGUACCAGUAUUCCGAAGAGCACUUCUUUUUCCGGGGAGAGUGGCGCUGCAGGAUGAAGAUGGCGUGUUUACUUACAGUAGUCUGUACCAAGCAGCUAAUGAACUGAGCAAGGAUGUUGCGGCGCAAUUGAAAGGCGAAACUGGAAGAACAAUUGCAUACAUGUGUGGCAAUAAUGCGUCUCACGUUAUCACGCAAUGGGCAAUUUGGAUGUCGGGUAAUAUUGCCGUGCCUCUGAGCCCAAUUCAUCCCCCGGAAAUGCUCAAAUACUUUAUCUCAGACAGCAAUUCAACUCUCGUAAUAUGCAGUAAAGAACACGAGAAACUACUCCACCCGCUGGCGGCGGAAUCUUCAAUUCCUAUGAUGAUAUCCGACAGAGAGCCGAGGGAUGAAGUACCGAAGAGCUGGAAACCGGACUUGGGCCUAGCUGCUACUGGACCUCCUAACAUGUGGUAUGGAGAAUCGGAGGCAAUGCUGAUUUAUACUAGUGGCACUACGAGCAAACCCAAAGGCGUAGUGUGGACGCAUAAUAUGCUGAUGACGCAGAUAUCAGCUCUCCACUCAGCUUGGCAGUACUCGGCGCAUGACGUUGUGUUGCACACGUUGCCGCUGCACCAUAUACACGGGCAGCUGAAUUCAUUGAAUGCAUCGCUCGCCGCUGGAGCGAGAAUACGUAUGCUACCACAGUUCGCUUCCCACACAGUGUGGGCACGACUUCUAGGCUCAGGGGAGAAGGAGGAAGCUCGAGUAUCAGUGUUCCACGGUGUACCAGCAAUGUAUGCGCGUUUGGCUGCUGAUUACACCAAGAUAUUCACCGACUCCAAGACUCAGGAGUACGUCAAGAGCACGCUUAGCAAGAUGAGGCUCAUGUGUGCUGGCUCCGCGCCACUACCCGAGACACUGUUUAAUAAGUGGGAGGAGAUAUCGGGUGUGCGCUUGCUGGAGCGCUACGGUAUGUCGGAGGUGGGCAUGGCGCUUAGCAACCCCUACCAGCCGGUGACCGAUCGCUCGGUGGGCCACGUGGGUGUCCCCUUACCCGGGGUCGCGGCCAGAAUCGCCAGGCCUUCUGCUGACGAUCUGGAGCCUCUCGUCACUGUCGAGUGUGAACUACCAGAUAUGCAGAUUUCUUUAGACAAACUCGGUUUAUCUUCCAAGAAUACCAAAGAGGCCCAAAGUAAAUGUAAAGAAGUCAGACAUGGCACAGGAAAGGAUGAAACCUCUUUUGAAGGAGAACUUCUGCUGAAGGGACCUAAUGUAUUUACUAGAUAUUGGAACCGAGCACCGAGCAUCGACUCGUCGGACUUCACCCGCGAUGGAUGGUUCCGUACCGGCGAUAUAGCGUCGUACUCGGGCGGGAAGUUUCGCAUCAUGGGCCGGUCAUCCGUCGACAUUAUCAAAACUGGCGGGUACAAAGUAAGCGCUUUGCAGAUCGAAUCCGCCAUCCUCGAACACCCCAGCGUCGCUGACGCAGCGAUCAUUGGCGUCGAAGACGACAGUUACGGUGAAAUCGUCGGCGCUGUGGUCGUGUUAAAGGAAAACACAAAGCUAACACUUAAGGAACUAAAAGACUUGGCUGGAAAGAAACUGGCACCGUACCAACUGCCAAAAACUAUGGUGAUAGUUGACACCAUGCCGAGGAACAUAAUGGGGAAGUUAGAUAAGAAGGUGAUUAAGCAAAAGUUCGGGAAAGAGCUGGUCUACAAGAAGUGACGUCGGAAAGUAAUUCUAAGCAAUGUUGAAAUUUGAACGGCCAGUUUUUUUCUUUUAUUGUUUGACUAUAAACAUCAUUACGAUUUGUUAUGUUUUUAAAGUGAUAACCCUCACUUCUAGGAUUCUUCUAGGAAGGAAACAGAAUUUUAUGAACGAUGCGGAACUUGAAUCCACGACCACAACCUGAGAGUUGAACAAAAGCAUAUAAGAUUUUAUGACGAUACGUCACGCGAACGGUUAGCUCAGUAGGCAGAGCACUCGCACGCAAUGCGAGAGGUCGUGGGUUCGAGUCCCGCAUCGUUCAUAAAAUUUUGUUUUCAAAAUUUAUUUGUGUAUAAACAUCCAUUAUCAAAACUGCGCUAUAUUAUAAUUUAUACGUACUGGAAAUUCGUUCUACUCGCCAUAAUGAAAAUGUGAAACAAUUUGAAAUAAGAAUUUUGCUUAAAGCUGAGAACGAUACUAUAAUGUAGGUAUUUUUUAUGACUUUGAAAAAUUCCAAUAUAUUUUAUUCUACUAAUUUCCUUCCGCAAGAAUGUUAUUUUAACUCUUUGUUUUUUUUCCAAGAAUUAUAAAUCUGUGCCUUUAAUACAAAUGGAGCAAUAUCUAAUAUAUUUUUGUAUUAAAUUGUUUUGAAACAAGCAAGCCUGCUAUAUUCCUAUAGAGUUCUUAUAUUAUUAUAAAAAUGAUCAAAUUUUUAUAUAGAAUAUAUCUGUUGCGCUUAUUUACGGAGAUCUGUGGUAACUUACAUACGAGAUGACUUUUUAAAUGAGAUAAUUAUAUGCUAGGACUUAAUUAUGUAAAAUUUUAAUAGAAUAUGAACCACCACCAAUCAUUACUGACGCUUAGUAAUAUUAACAUUCUGUGUGUUUGAAAAAACGCUAGAAUUUGUUUACAGGUUUUUACAUAUUUAAAUAUUAAGGUACUGGUCGUUAAUUGUCUAAUCGUAUUGGGUGUUUAUAAGAAAAUGUCAAUAUCAGGGUAAAUUAUUAGGAAUUAAUUGUAUAUUUAUCGUCCCACUGUUGAAGGAGUUUCGAAAUUACGGAGAACACAGUGAUGUUUUGUGGGAAUUUUUAAUUAAUUGUAAGCAUAGAGGGCGCUUCUAUAUAUUAUAUCCAUGGGCAUUAAUGCCCAAAAACACGUAAUAAAGCGUGAUUUCAGAUACCACAUUAGGUACACAGGCAUUGUUAUAAAUGCACAGACGCCAUAUGGUUUAUGAUAUGCUGUGAUUAUUUCUAUAUAUUGACUCAUUAAUAUAAUGUGUUGUCAUUGUUACCUGACCAAUGAGCAUGCAGUUAAUUUUUAUUACAUUAGUCGUUAUUUAUAUUUUUUGUUAACACCGGAAGACGCAGUGUUGGUAGGCCCGACGGACCAGACAAGAUGGACCAACGAUCUGGUAAACAUCGCCGGGAUACGUUGGAGGCAGGACUGAUCGUCGUGGAGAUCUUUGGGGGAGGCCUUUGUCCAGCAGUGGACGUCUUCCGGAUGUUGAUGAUGUUGUGUCGUUAAUUUGCUGAAAUCCGUAAUUGUUCAAAAUGUUAUGAGUUUUCUUUGAGUGUUCAUUCCGCUUACUGCAUCUUUAACCAAAUUUGACGUGUUUCGCCUCAACACGAGGCAUCCUCAGGAGACGUUGACUCGCCAAAUUCUGGCACGAGACAUUGACUGAAUUGUUUGUAUUGCGAGUAUAUAAGUAUUAAGGGACUACUGUUUUAUAAGCUAUAUAAGUUCGAUCGCAUUCGGAGCCAUCGAACAAUAACGCGUAAAAGUACUAACAAAGUUGUGGAAUCUCUAUAAUACGAAUGUCAAGGGAAAUGACGAAAAAAAACGAGGUAACGAGUUUUCGACUAAACAAGAAUUUCGAGAUGCAUAACAAUACGUUUUACCUGAAAUUUUAAAGGCUCGAUUUCAAUGUAUAUUUCGAUUUGUAGAGUCAAAUUUGAAUAACAAUUCAAGUUAAAUUUUUGUAGUACAUAUUAAAACAAAUUAUCAUUACCUUGUAAUAAGAGUAGUAUAAUUAUAAUCGUGGACUAAAGCUCUAUCAACUACAAUAUUUUUACCUUCUAAUUCGUGCUACGGGAUACUAAGUCCAACACAUAUUAUGUAUUAUCAAUACUUCGUAGUCUAAAUACAAAGUCUAAAUAAUCGGAGAUACCACGUAUUUAGGGUUCAACGGAAGAGAGUGGCAUAUUUUAAGUUGCUGAGGAUUACCAAGAGUUAUAGAGAUUCCAUUGUAGUUAAAAAUCUCCAACCGACGCAGGCACCUUAAACGCCUUUUAAUAUGGCGCCCUUGUGACGUCAUAGUCUUAAUAACAACACAAACUUAUGAGAUCGAAAACGAUGUCAAAAAUCCAACUGAUUUUUGACAUCGUUUUCAUAGAGAUUUUCGUCACAUUCGCUCCGACCAAUCGCGUCGCAUCAUUUGAAUUACAUGUAGUAUUUACUGGAUCUACUGCAGUAUAUACGAAAUAAAUAUUUUAUGUUAGGUAUCUAUUUAAACUUUUGUAUGUAGAGUAAUAAUUGGAAUAGAUGGACAUAUUGAGCUGUUUUUGAAGUUGUACUUUUUUAGGCGCGUAAUGAAUAAAUGAUGAUGGUGAAUUUUAAGAUGAGCGAGCAUCACUGAAACACAAAAGUAACAGGUUGAAGUUGGUUCCUAAAAUUUUCUGACGUUUGCGUCAUUCGUUAUUUUUUUUAUUCUUCGUCCAUUAUUAGGACAGGAAAAGGGUUCAAGCCCAUACAGCCGUAUUCAUUAUUUAAUAACUAAUUGUCAAAGCCAUCUUUUUGCAAGAUUUUUACAAAAUUGUUCUGUCCAAAAACGUAGAAUAGCACGAGGAAUAAAUCAUUUUAAUGAUUUUUGCUUCGUUAGGCCAAAGAAGUAUAACUUCUUGCGUGCAUACAUAAGUACGAACACCCUUUUUUUAUAUAAUAUACACAUACGCAUGCAAGUAUUUUAGAAAAUGCUUGCAUAAACUGCGAAUGACCGACACAUAAUUUAUUGUUAUCGCAACAGAAGUUGUUGAGGUUUUGUUUUACAGACUUAAGAUUUCGGUAACAAUGCGCACAGAUAUUUGAUUGUUGAUAACUACCUAUGCAUUUAGUGUACCGCUGUAGGUAGUUAAAGAACUGUUAUUGUUAUUUUAUCUGAUUAAUUAAAUAUAUUUACAUAA